CCUGCAAAGCCCCGCCCCGCCCGGCGCGCAGCGAGCGGACCCCGCGCAGCUCGGCCCGGCCGCACCAAGGCGGCCGCAGCCUGCACGCCACCAUGUCCCACGAGAAGAGUUUCCUGGUGACGAGCGACGGCUUCGGGGGCCAGCAGCCGCCCACAGCCCCUCCAGCCUACCCCCAGCCCCCGUACCCCGUGGCCCCGUACCCACAGCCCCAGUUUGGCCCCACGCCCUACCCGCAGCCGGGCUUCACGCAGGGGCCGGGGCCGUACCCGCCGCCGGGGCCCUACCCCCCCGCCGGGCCGUACUCCCCCGGGCCGUACCCCCCGCCCGGGCCCUACCCCCAGGGCCCCUAUGGCCAGCCGCCCUAUGCCCAGCCCCAACCCAUGGUCCCCGGAGACCAGGACUCCCCCCUGCACAGCACCUACCACGAGGACGGGCCCCCCUCCUACUAUGACAACCAGGACUUCCCAUCAGCGCACUGGGAUGACAAGAGCAUCCGGCAGGCCUUCAUCCGCAAGGUCUUCCUGGUGCUCACGCUGCAGCUGACCGUCACCUUCGCCUUCGUGACCGUCUUCACCUUCGUCAAAGGCGUGCGGGGCUUCGUGCAGCGCAACGUGUGGACGUACUACGUGUCCUACGCCGUGUUCUUCAUCUCCCUCAUCGUCCUCAGCUGCUGCGGCGACUUCCGCCGCAAGCACCCCUGGAACCUCGUGUCCCUGUCCAUCCUGACUGUCAGCCUGUCCUACAUGGUGGGGAUGAUCGCCAGCUUCUAUGACACCGAGGCUGUCAUCAUGGCUGUCGGCAUCACCGUCGUCGUCUGCUUCACCGUGGUCAUCUUCUCCCUGCAGACCAAGUACGACUUCACCUCGUGCCGGGGCGUGCUCAUCAUCUGCCUGGUCGUGCUCGUGCUCUUCUCCAUCCUCUGCAUCUUCAUCCGGAACCGCAUCGUGGACAUCGUCUACGCCUCGCUGGGGGCCCUGCUCUUCACCUGCUUCCUGGCGGUGGACACGCAGCUGAUCCUGGGCAACAAGCAGCUGGCGCUGAGCCCCGAGGAGUACAUCUUCGCCGCGCUCAACCUCUACACCGACAUCAUCAACAUCUUCCUCUACAUCCUCGCCAUCAUCGGCCGGGCCAAGGAGUAGCCGCUGCCCCUGCCCAGCCCCGCCGCUCCCCGCGGCCCCGCCCCGGUCGGGAUCCCCUCCCCGUAGCCGGUUUUGUCGCCGUUCUCAUCGCGUUCCCCGGCGGUUCCUGCCCCGCGGGGGCUCGCUGGUGCGGGGCUGGCACAGCCCCCCCGGCCCCCUGCUCCUCCCCGCUGUGAAUACGAUUCUCCCCCCCCACCCCGUUGCGUUGAACGCGGACUGGAAGCACUUUGGAACCCCCUCUGUCCUGUCCUGUCCCCACCACGCUGUCCCCUCCCUGUCACCACUCCGGCUGCACAGGCAGGGGCAGUGCCAGCAGCACUGCAGACCCCCGAGCCACUGUCCCUGCCUGUCCCCACCCCAGCCCCCCUGUGCCACCUGUGGCACCUCCAGACAUCCCCGAGGCACCGUUCCCACGUGGAUGUACCACCAGAACCCCUCGAGCCACUGUCCCUGUCUGUCCCCAGACCCCCUGAGCCUGUGGCACCCUCAGACCCUCCUGCUCUGAGCCACUGUCCUCAUGUGGAGACACUCCCAGACCCUCCCCAGGCCACCAGCCCUGCCCAUUGCCACCUGCCUGUCCCCACCCCCCUGCCACAGCCCCGCCUGUGGCACCCCCAGACCCCCCUGCCCUCCCUGCGUGGCCGAGGCCCCAUCCUGGUCCUGCUGUUAAUAAAUUGUCUUGUUCAUCUCCCACGGCUCUGGCUCCAUCCCAGGGUGUCCUGCUGUCCCCACCACGUUCCAGCUGGGGUCAGGUGCCACCAGGGCUGAGGACAGCCAGGGGACAAGAAGGCUCAGGGAGAGACCCCAGCAGGACUGCAGGAGGCAGCCAGGUGAGGUUGGGUCCUGUUUCCUGAGGCUGACGGGAG